AUGGCAUUUUCUGGUGCGCUCACACUUACCGAUCUCAAUGAUUUUAUAACUCCGUCGCAAGCAUGUAUCAAACCCGUUGAACAAAUUCUAUCCAAGACCGAAGGGAAACAACCUGGCUCUGCAUCCAAUGAAAUUCGCAUUGACCACAACGGUUCAUAUUACGAAGUAAAUGGUGCUACUCCGAUCGGGGGUUCUACAACCCCGGGAAAGAAGCUGGAGCAAGCUCAGAUCAGUUUGAAUGAUUGUUUGGCUUAUCAUGCUAGUGGUUGCAUAACGUCCGCUGAAUCCGUUUUGAUCACUCUGCAGUCCCAUAAUGAGGUCCUCAGUUUUCUUUCUUCUAAUGCUACCGCCGACGUCCCGUCAAGAAAAGUUCCGGUCAUUUCCAUCGCUCCACAAAGCCUUGCUUCUCUAGCAGCAUCCGUCUCCUCUCCAUCUUCUGCUCCUAUCACACCUCGGCAGAUGCUUCAUCGACUUCGGGCUUUUUGCAAAGAGGUUCUAGGUUUUGACCAUGUGUUCGACACAACUUUCGCCAGGCACGUAGCAUUGAGGGAACAUGUGAAGGAGUUUAUCGAACGCCAGGAAGAAUAUCGGUUGAAAGAUCAAGCUGUGAAGAGCGAAGGUGGUACGGCUUUACCAAUGUUAGCAAGCGCCUGUCCUGGAUGGAUCUGUUAUGCAGAAAAGGCACACCCUGAGAUGCUCCCAUUCAUUGCAAGAACUCAAAGUCCGCAACAGGUCAUGGGUACCCUAGUAAAGCAUUGGAUGGGUGAAAAGUGGGGCAAACAGCCAAAUGAAAUUUACCAUGUGUCGGUCAUGCCGUGCUAUGACAAGAAACUCGAGGCCUCUCGAGCCGACUUUUACAACGAAGCAUAUUCUACUCGGGAUGUAGAUUGUGUCAUCACAACUGGUGAAAUGCAACUCUUAGCACAAGAAAAGGGCUGGGAUCUUUCGUCACCGGUGCCGGAAGAAGAUACCUUACAACCCUCAUUGACAACGUCUUCAAAGCUACUUUCUGACGUUUCAUUACCGGAGCUCAUGGUGCAUUCGGGAUCUUCGUCUGGCGGUUACUUGCAGUCAAUAAUAGAACAUAUCCAAUCCACAUCACCCACUCCCCUUUCACUGUCUGUAAAACAGAUUCGAAAUGCAGAUUACGAAGAAUUUGUGCUCAGACGCGAGGCAGAACCCGCUGCGGAGGGCAAGAUAGUUUUCAAAGGCGCUAAGUGUUAUGGUUUUCGAAACCUUCAAAACGUGGUUCGGAAAGUUGGAAAAGAAACUGGGGUUCGUGUGGCCAUGGGUGCCGCGGGAAAGUUGAAAGGACAGGCGGCUGUAAUGAAACGAGGAAGAAGAGGGCAGGAGAUGAUAUCAGAAAAAGGCUAUGACUACAUAGAAGUCAUGGCUUGUCCUGGCGGCUGUGUGAAUGGAGGAGGGCAAGCAAAGCCUCCAACCAAUUUCGGAGUUGUAGAAGAUGCUGAAGGAUAUUCUCGGAAAUGGGAAGAAAGUGGAGUUUUGUUAGAGGAUAAUUCAGGACCAUUGGCUGCGAAGUGGGGAAACAAGGAAUGGACAAAACGGGUGGAAAAUGUGUACUGGCACGAUUUGCCUACGCCUCCUGCUUCGCCUACAAGCGAAAAUCAUCAUAUGACGAAUUCUGGGGAAAAAGAAGAUGCGGGGUAUGAUUCCGAGAUAAGGAACGAGAUUGUGAUGAUGGCGGAUCGGCUAUUAAUCGAUGUAACGGAUGAGCUUUAUCGGUCAGGUUCACAGCAUAAUCUAUUCCGAACGAAUUACCGAGCGGUAGAGAGUGAAGUGGUGGGUUUGGCAGUAAAGUGGUGA